CUGCCCUGCCUUGGACUGUGAUAUUCGACAGCAGCCAGAGUCUAGAGCACCGAUCUAACGGUCUUGGUCCUGUUUGGAUAAGAAAGGCAACUUGUGCCAGAGCAGCUUCUCUCCUGGUUCCACCAGCUCAGCCCACGUCAGGCAGCUCCCAGAGGGAUCAAGAAUGAACGGCACAAUGAAUGGGGACUCCAACCACGACCAUCAGGAGGGGUCCUUCAUGUUCACCUCCGAGUCGGUGGGAGAGGGACAUCCCGAUAAGAUCUGUGAUCAGAUCAGUGAUGCUGUGCUGGACGCUCACCUGAAGCAAGACCCCGACGCCAAAGUGGCUUGUGAGACGGUGUGUAAGACGGGCAUGGUGCUGCUCUGUGGUGAGAUCACGUCCCUCGCCAACGUGGACUACCAGAAGGUGGUGAGAGACACCAUCCGACACAUCGGCUACGACAACUCAGCCAAAGGCUUCGAUUAUAAGACCUGUAAUGUGCUGGUGGCCCUCGAGCAGCAGUCGCCUGACAUCGCACAGGGAGUUCACAUCGACCGCCUGGAGAACGACAUCGGAGCUGGAGACCAGGGUCUGAUGUUCGGCUACGCCACAGACGAGACGGAGGAGUGCAUGCCCCUCACCAUCGUCCUCGCACACAAGCUCAACGCUAAGAUGGCCGAACUCAGACGCAGCGGGGAGGUUCCCUGGCUCCGGCCCGACUCCAAGACACAGGUGACGGUUCACUACACCCAGGAGAACGGGGCCGUGAUCCCCCGGAGGGUCCACACCGUGGUGAUCUCCGUGCAGCACGACGACUACGUGAGUCUGGAGGAGCAGAAGGAGGUUCUGAAGGAGAAGGUCAUCAAGGUGGUGGUGCCCGCGAGGUACCUGGACGAGAAGACCAUCUACCACCUGCAGCCCAGCGGACGCUUUGUGAUCGGUGGACCUCAGGGUGACGCUGGAGUGACGGGCAGGAAGAUCAUCGUGGACACAUACGGGGGCUGGGGGGCCCACGGCGGGGGGGCCUUCUCUGGAAAGGACUACACCAAGGUCGACCGCUCGGCGGCCUACGCCGCCCGCUGGGUGGCCAAGUCUCUGGUGAAGGCCAAACUGUGCAGGAGGGUCCUGGUGCAGGUUGCGUACGCGAUCGGCGUCGCUCACCCUCUGUCCAUCUCCGUGUUCACCUUCGGCUCCUCUCAGAAGAGCGAGACCGAGCUGCUGCACAUCGUCAAGAAGAACUUUGACCUCCGACCCGGCGUCAUCGUCAGGGACCUGGACCUGAGGAGACCAAUCUACCAGAACACGGCGUGUUACGGACACUUCGGCAGGAAGGAGUUUCCCUGGGAAACCCCGAAGAACCUCAACUUCUAGUGUGUCUGUGUACCGUGUGUGAGAGUGUGUGUUGGGGUAUGUGUGUGUGUGUGUGUGUGUGUGUUUUGUGGUAUAGAUAGCGACCCUCGUGCUCCUGAAACCUAGUAGGAGGAAGGCAGCUGCCAGCGGACCAGGGGGGGGACGGGUCGGGGUGGGGGUGCAGAUAACCUCUGGUCAUUGGACGAGGAGCGUCGCUCUUCAACGGAAACAAGAAUCCAAGAAGUGAGCCUCUUGGUAUUCCUGUCACGGGCCGGCACUCGGUUUCACACAGUUGUCGUUCGCAGCUAUUUUGGCUUUUCAGACCAAAGUUUGAAGGAGAUCAGCCAAUCACACGUCAGCAGAGACGUUCAGAACCACAACGAGGCCGCAACAACAACCACAAAUACACACUUUUGUAUUUUUGUACGACUGAUACUCUGACACAGGGCCUGUGGGUGUCCCAGGUUUGGAUGUGAGGCUGAAGCAAUAAAGACUGUGAAGCUUU